AUGUCGUUGGCGACGAAAGGGGUGGCGUUGAAAAUGCCACUUUCUUUUCUGGAACCUUACGCCGACCGGGGCGGUUGGCUGAAAACGAACCCCCCGUCUGUUUGUGUGUUUCUGCGCAGAGCGAAAUACACGCGUGCGAACAAUGCGAAGAUGGGCGAAUUCUGGGGGGUGUGGUAUACUCAGGAAAUGAACUGCGGCCGAGGGGUCAAAAAAAUGAACACUUCACAAAAGCUCCGUGGAGACCUAACGAGAGCGGGAGCCCUCAUACCGAUUUAGCUUUGCAAGUUUGCCGUCUUCUAUCUUACGGGGAAAUCAUCCUGAAUACAAACCAACUCACCUGGGUGAAAGCACCGCAUCUUCACCCCAAACGCUUGUGCUGUCCACGGUAUGGCCGCCUGUUGGCUGUCGCUGAACUCGCCAGCGACCUCUCGCACGGCAAGCAGGUUUUUAUGGUCGACCCCCUGGUCCCACCGUCCGCGCUGUCCGCCUCGUUGAGCAGGGCUUGAGCCGUUGCAUCCACGAGCAUGGGUCGCCUCAACAAUCCUUCGUAUCCCUGCAAAAAACGACCGGAGGCGGUUGUGUUUCUGGUGGCAUCAUUUUGCUCCCAUGGUGUGCCUAUAGCACGUGCACGAUGCAUGGUUGCACAAAAAUUGCUCACCCAAUACACUGGGUUUUGAUGAAGCAUGAAACGCGACCAGUUCCUUCGCGGAAGUACACCCACCUAAUGUUUCGCAGCGAUGACUGUGGCACGUCGUGCUCGAAACAUUGCGCGCUACACCAAGACAUGAAACACCGUGGUCGUCGUUGCCGCCAACCCUGGGAGGGGAUGAACUCUGCCUCUAGAUUUUUUCCUUGCGCUUACUCGGGGGAAAAUAGAACAAAUGGGAUGGGGACUUUAGUUUUUCCAUGAACACCACGGGGGCUGUACGACCCCGAAGAUUACGGUAUUGCCGAGGUCGGCCGUGCCAAAACCACGCCCAAAGCUGGAUAAUGCCGUGCGUGCGUCUGGUGCUCUUACCGGUAGGAUGACGUCCGUAUCUUGGCUGCCCAACACGUGCUUGAAGCUCCUAGCGUACUCGAUCAUCUCCGAGCAUGCACCAAGUGCCACACCGUCUUCCACGCUACCGCUCGAGAGCACGACAUCGAUACUUUCCCUCACGCGCUCCAAGAAACGGAGGUUCGCUUGGUCAUCCGCGAGCGCGUUGUCAUCCUCCCACGGCAUUCCCGAUUCCACUCCGACCCCCACGCGCUUUUUCCGACAGAGGCCCAUCCUGCUACAUAGUACACCGACAGCAGCCGCCAUUUUUGUACGAUGUUGACAUCGGGGUGCGGCAUGCCACAAACACACGGUAACAGGAGUGCGCACAUACACAUUUCCGCAUAUAAAAACCAUUGCUGGGUAUCACACACGGUACUUAAACAUGCGCAAUGCAAACUUACAACUGCACACAUUGAGGCAUCGAUGCCAAGAAUAAGAACCACUGGCCACAGCAGGUGAGGAGGCGACGUUGAAUUCGGUCGGUGCUGUCGCGAGCUGUGGUGUGAAUCAUCGUUUACCGCGGACAAGGACUUUCAAAAUCUAAAUAAAAAAUUCCGAAAUCUCUGUCGAUACCACGAACCAGUCGAAUGUGCUGCGCAAUUUGUGCUGAAUAGAGCAUCAUCGUUAGCACCCAUAACUUAUGUCGGCGGUCGUCACCCAUAGACUCAAGCGUAUCCUCUACUACAUCACUGCGGCAACGCAGCAGCGUACCGCUGUACAGCCCGCGUGGGUGUCGACACAAUUUCCUUGGCGCACACAUCACUUCAUCGAGCAAAGCCCGUCCUCGCGGGCGUUGACAGUCAUGGGAAAAGAACCACUCACAUUCAAAGCCCGGUGCAGCACUCCCUCGCCCGCAGUGCCGAAGAUCUAUGUGCCAGGCUGCAGCGUGCGCAGUGAAUGGAUCAAUCCGUGGAUGUCGAUAUCUCGCGAAAUGGAGCGGUACGCCUGAUGUGUGACGGAAUAUACCACCCCCCAAGCUCAACUUCACACACAAGUUGACCACCCGUAGAGUUGACCGGAUCCCUCACAACUUCGUGGGUGUACGGCUUGGUAGUCCAACUCACUGAAUGGCAUUGCUAGAAUUUUGGAUCUGCCCUACAGCAGGAGCUGUUGCAAAGU